GCCCCUCAGCUCGACGAUCGCCGGUGCGCUGUGUCCCUCGGACACAGCGGAUCACAGAAAGAGCCGAAGAUCACUGAUGAUCAGUGUGCCCUGAUGAUCAGUGUUGCCCCAGAAGUGCCACCUGUCAGUGCUCAUCAGUGCCACAUGCCAGUGCCCAUCAGUGCCACGUGUCAGUGCCACAUCAAUGCCACAUAUCAGUGCCCAUCUGAGCUGCCUUUCAAUGUCACCCAUCAGUGCCAGUCAGUGCCACCUAUCAGUGACAGUCAGUGUCGCCUGUCAGUGCCACCUAACAGUGCCAGUCAGUGCCGCCUAUCAGUGCCAGUCAGUGCUGCCUAUCAGUGCCGCCUAUCAGUGCUGCCUAUC